UGUGCUUUUCUGUUAUCUGGCAGGACAGAUCUAUCCCAGAACCUUCAGAGUUCACGACUCCCAACAGAUGGUGUGGGUCCUGAAUGGGAAUUCUUUAACAGCAGUUCCUGCUAGCAACAACGCCAAGCCUGUCAUUCUGAACUUGAUAGCAUGUAGAGACACGGAAUUACAAGAUGUGGAAAAAGGCAAUCUAGUUUUCCUGGGAAUCAAGAGCAAAAAUCUGUGUCUCUUCUGCAAGGAAAUCGACGGCAAACCCACUUUGCAGCUUAAGGAUGUAGACAUCAUGGAUGUGUACAAUGAGAGCAAAGCGCCGAAAGCCUUUCUCUUCUACCACGGCACAGAGGGCUCCACGUCCGUCUUUCAGUCAGUCUCCUAUCCUGGCUGGUUCAUAGCCACCUCUCCCACAGCAAGACAGACAGUCACUCUCACACAGAAGAGGGGUGAGGUAAACAACACUAACUUCUACUUAGAGCCUGAGAAUUAAACCCAGCGUGGCCCAUCUGUGGACAAUUCCAGGACAAAGAUUCAAAUGGUUGGAGAAUCUUCUACUUGAAAACACAGCAAGACAUCUUCAAAGACCCCCGUGCCACCUCGUCUCCAGACACCCAUUUCUGAAGUGUCACCCAUUUGAACAUCAUUCCAACAUGAAGCCCAGGAAUCUUGUAUUCUUGUACCCUCUUCUGACCUUGGUCCACUAUCCACUCAGCUAUCCAGUCCAGUCCAGCCACAGUCUUCUUACGUGC